AGGGGAUCGUGAGUUGAGUAGGCAACCAGCCCUGAGUAUUCGAUUCACCGUCGUACCGCAUGGAACGGACUGGCUCAUACGUGUGUUAAGUGACAAAGUGAAUGCUUCGUUGGAUUGAUUGUCUGGACAAAGACGAAAAAAGUGAAACGUUUGACAAAUUAAACGUCAAAAAGAGAUCGAAAAAUAAAAUGUUAAUUGAACAGAAGAAAUGUGAUAAAAGUAAUAAUUAAGAAAAAAUAAUAGUAAAAAAAAAGAAAUCUCAAGAUUGACUGAUUAUCGAUAAGUCAUUCAUUUCGGAUAAUACAUGGAAUUGAGAUAAAAACUUCUUAAAAUUCAAAUUUAUCUUUUAAAAUAUAACGAAAAAUAAAAAUGGAGGAAGCAACUACAUCUACUGUUUUAUUAGUAGCAAAGAUAGGUGCAAUGAUUGGUCUUGGUUUUGGUUCUUUGCUUUUGGGAAUGCUACCACUAAUUGUCGGACGUUACAGAAUGAAUCAUCGCAAAAAAAGACAUUGUGGAAUUUUCAGUAAUUCCAGUACUUGUACAUCAACAUCAGUUUCAAACGCUUCAUCCGCUAGUGUCAUCUCUGAAUCUGCAACGAGUUCACAAGGUUUACAAACAUCGUUGCUGCUCUGUUUUGGCGGAGGAGUUCUUCUCUUCACUACAUUCUUACAUCUAGCUCCAGAGGUCCGAAUCAGCGUAGAAAGACAUCAAACAAACAGUCAACUACCUACUCUAGGUGCGCUAAGUUUAUCGGAGCUACUAUUCUGCGCCGGAUUUUUUCUCGUCUACUUCGUUGAAGAGGCGGUACAUGCAGCAUUGACGGGAAAACCCGAGUCAUCAGAGGCAUUGCUAUAUAGAACAGUAUCUGUGCGUAGAUGUAACAAUCAAACAGGUGCAACAUCAACCACAAUUGGAUCGACCACCACGGUAUCCACUACAAUCAGAUCUACAUGGAAGGAAGAUAACAAUGAUUUAGAAGAUAGCGAAAAUAAUUUAAACAAACGGCAAAACGACCUGGAUGAAUUUUGCGAAAGCAAACAAGACAAAAUGUUACCCGCAAUUGUUUUAUCAUCUCCUAUAGGAUUGUCUUCCACAAAGCAUAAUUCACAAAACAAUGUGAAACACUUUUCUGAUGCAGAGCAUUAUCCCAGAAUGGAGCAUCAUGAACACAGUCACAUGACUAUAACAAAAAAGGCAUCAAUACAAGGAUUAUUAACAGUUCUUGCUUUAUCUUUUCACGCAAUUUUUGAAGGUUUAGCUGUAGGUCUAGAACCCUCUAUUAGUUCUGUUAUUUAUCUGGCUGCUGCAAUAGCUACUCAUAAAUUAGUGAUCUCAUUUUGUGUUGGUAUGGAACUUUAUGUUGCUGGUGCUUCUACUAAGACUACUCUUGGAUAUCUAACAAUAUUUUCUAUGGUAACACCAAUUGGUAUUGCUGUUGGAUUAGCCCUUGGUCAUUUUAAAAAUGAUAGUGAGAAUUUAGGACCUACUCCAACAAUAUUACAAGGAAUGGCCGCUGGAACAUUGCUGUACGUGGUUUUCUUUGAAGUGUUGGCACGAGAGAGAGCUAACGAGAAAAGUGGCCUUUUACAAUUAACUGCCAUAAUUAUUGGAUUCAUGCUGAUGUUGGGUUUACAAAUCGCCACUGCGCAUUCUCACUCUCAUUCACAUUCACAUGACGAUCAUGCACAUUUGCACGAUCAUAAUGCUGAGCAUCAAGAAAAUAAUCAUAAUCACGAGCUGGAUUCCCACGAACAUAUCUAUUCAAAUGAAAUGAGCGAACGAAUACUCACUGACAAAAUCUAUAAAGUGACAGAAAGUAUUGCAGAUACUGUGAGCAACGUUUUAUCUUCAACAAUAAAAAUUUCAACUGAUGUAUCUUUUCAAACUAAUAACGAAACAGUAUUGCACGAAAAUCGAAGUUAAUAUCCGUUAAUAACAUAAAUAAUAUUGAAUACAAACUAAAAUAUUUAAUAUCUCUUUCAUGGGAUAAAUGAACCUUGAAAUUUGUUUGAUUUUGCAAUGAUGCAUAUACGAUAAAAAGAAUAAAAAAGAAGUUUUGAGUGAAAAAAAACAGUAUUAUGAAACUUUGGUUUCAAUCUAAGAAAGGAAAACAAUACUCUUAUUAUACGGGUAUUAUAUGCAUAUGUUACCAAUUAUGCAAAUAUGCAGAUAUUAAAUGCUAAUAUUUGCGAAAUAUGGUAGAAA